AUGGACAAGUCUCCAGUGAAGAAAAACCCUAGAGGCGCUUUCCUGAGCGGCAUCUGGCAUUUCUAUACCUGUCAAAAAUCUCAGCCAAAGCGAUGCAAGUUCUUCUUGUGGGACGAUGAUGCAAAAGUGCGCGAGGAGGCCACCGUCCUAAACAACUCUCGAUCCGAGGCGGGCCCCAAGACGCCUAUGAAGCCUGUGCAAGCACCACGACAACACGCAACUACACGCACCCCGCCAGCGCAAAGAAGUCACCACAGCGUGAUGACUCCUACAAGCACCGUCAGACCACUCUCUAUUGCCAGUGACGAAACCGAUUUUGAAUGGUCAGCAAGCAACGAGAAAGCUUUGUUGAAGAUGGCUCAAACACCAGCCAUGGUGCCACCUGAAACGCCUCGUAAGACACCUCGAACAGCUCAAUUCACCUCGCCGGGCAAGAGGAAUCACUGUGAGAUGCUAGGGAGCGUUUCAGGGUUGUCUACUUCUGUGUGUACCGAUGACGUAUUCAAUACCCCACGAUCAUCACAAGAUGUGUGCGGACUGCUAUCACCAGUUGAAACUCCUUCGCGAGAGAAGCUACAGAGAGGCGUGCAUUGCCCGACCGAGUCUGACUUGGCAGCAGACGUUCUUCGCAUACUGGAGGGAGUCAAAUUAUCCAAUGAGAUGGAGCAGAAGCUGGUGGAGUUGCUAAACAAGCAUGAUUUGAGAACUCAAGGCAUUGCGAAGGGACGAGACGUUACGAGGUUAGCUCUGGGCAGUAAAGAGAGGAAGAUUGCCGAGCUUGAAGCAAGAAUUGCUGGCUUGGAAGGCGAACGAGAAACGAACAAAGCCGUCAUUGCACACCUGAAAAGGAAUAUUGUCCAGACGAGCCCAAGCAAGAGCAGGAAAUCUCGAGGCUAG